AUGGAUCCGACCACUAUCGUCAAUCCGUGUGUGCCAUCUGAACGCGUGUUGGAUGAGAAGGAGAAAGUGCUGCGAACCGUGAAAGGCAUUCUGAACAAGCUCACACCAAAGAAGUUCGAACCGCUCUUCCAGCAGCUCCUGACAGCUGGCAUCAACACACCUGAGAUCCUCCAGGAGGUGAUCUCACUCAUUUUCACCAAGGCGGCAGAUGAGCCCACCCUCUGCUCAAUGUACGCUGCCCUCUGUGGAAAACUUUCGCGAGCUCUGCCCGAGUUUCCGCCGUUCAAAAAAGCAGGGGGUUCAGGGGCAGGGGAUGUGCCGAUCUCUUUCCGUCGCGUGCUGCUCAGCGCGUGCCAGUCGGAGUUUUAUGACGCUGCUAGGCACAGAAAGCAGGCUGGCGAGCUGCCAGGGUCACAACAGGGAGCAAGCGUAAAAGGAGAAGAAGGAGCAGUGGAGGGUGGAGAGGGGAAGGAUGGAGUAGGGGAGGGAGGCAUGAAGGGAGGGAGAGGGAAAGAGACAGAUAGAAAAAAGGAUGAGGAGGAGGGAAAGAGGGAGAAGGGGAGGGGGGAGGAGGAGAAAAUGAUACGGCUGAGGGGGGAGCAGCAGCACAGGGCCAAGGCGAGGACGUUGGGCAUUGUACGGCUGAUUGGGGAGCUGUGUCUGCUGGGGAUCAUUACAGUGCGCAUCAUUCUUGAAUGCAUGCGG